ACUUGUGGCUGUUGUGAUGCGUAUUCCCGUAGAUCCCAGCACCAGCAGGAGGUUCAGCCCCCCUUCCAGCAGCCUGCAGCCCGGAAAGAUGAGCGAAGUCAGCCCGGUGGUGGCGGCAGCCCAGCAGCAGCAGCAACAGCAGCAGCAGCAACAGCACCAGGAGGCGGCGGCAGUAGCGGCGGCGGUGCCCAGGCUUCGCCCGCACGAUAACCGCACCAUGGUGGAGAUCAUCGCCGACCACCCGGCCGAGCUGGUCCGCACCGACAGCCCGAACUUCUUGUGUUCCGUGCUGCCUUCACACUGGCGCUGCAACAAAACUCUCCCGGUGGCAUUCAAGGUGGUGGCUUUAGGAGAAGUCCCAGAUGGGACAGUGGUCACAGUCAUGGCUGGAAACGAUGAAAAUUAUUCUGCAGAGCUGAGGAAUGCCUCAGCUGUAAUGAAGAAUCAAGUGGCACGGUUUAAUGACCUGAGAUUUGUUGGCAGAAGUGGAAGAGGAAAAAGUUUUACUCUGACAAUAACUGUCCUUACAAAUCCUCCACAAGUUGCUACAUAUCACAGAGCUAUAAAAGUGACAGUAGAUGGACCAAGGGAACCACGGAACCCCAGACAAGCACAGUCAUCCCCUCCAUGGUCCUAUGACCAGUCUUACCCAUCAUAUUUGAGCCAGAUGACUUCACCAUCCAUUCAUUCCACAACUCCCUUGUCCUCCACACGAGGCACAGGGCUUCCUGCCAUCACCGAUGUGCCCAGACGGCUCUCAGGUGCUUCAGAGCUGAGCCCAUUUUCAGAUCCCAGGCAGUUUACAAGCAUUUCAUCCCUCACUGAGAGCCGCUUCUCCAACCCACGAAUGCACUAUCCAGCCACCUUCACUUAUACACCGCCAGUCACUUCAGGCAUGUCAUUGGGUAUGUCAGCCACCACUCAUUACCACACCUACUUACCGCCACCUUAUCCGGGCUCUUCCCAAAACCAAAGUGGACCAUUCCAGACCAGCAGUACUCCAUAUCUCUACUAUGGCACAUCAUCAGGAUCAUACCAGUUCCCCAUGGUGCCGGGGGGAGACCGUUCCCCCUCCAGAAUGCUUCCUCCCUGUACCACCACAUCCAACGGCAGCACAUUAUUAAACCCUAACUUGCCUACCCAGAAUGAUGGUGUGGAGGCUGAUGGAAGCCACAGCAGCUCCCCAACAGUCUUGAAUUCUAGUGGCAGAAUGGAUGAGUCUGUUUGGAGGCCUUACUGAAAUUUUCUCUGCGGGGCGUAAAAUCUGUCAGACAGAAAGCAAACCAAUAAACAAACGAUUGUCAGCUGAUUAUAAAGUGCCUGUUUUUUUGUUUUUGAAAUAGAUUCUGUUGAUAAGUGCAGUAGCUGGGAUGUUAACAGCUAAUUACAUGCAUACGACAUGAGACUGACUUUCCACAUCAUAGUUCCAGUCAAUGUGGAUCAAAGCACAGUUUGUUUUCCUCCUGGGAAUGUUGUCUCCAUUUUAUAUUUUAAAAUAUAAUGAUCCAACCCCAAAAGAUGCCCAUUCUGUCUAGACUCCUUUAAAAAAAAAAGCGAGUUUUUUUGCCAAGAGAGGAGACAUGGACUCCUGCCAAUUGUCAAGACAACGCCUGUGCUUUAUUUGUUGUUCAAAUAAACAGAAGCAUCUUAAACGUCAGGUACGGUUGCAGUCAUACAAUCUCUAGGACCCUCACGCAUGCACAGUGUAAUUCACUCCGUGUGUUUGUGCACAGAAAAAAAAUGUUUCCAUUUAUAUCAGAAUAUCUUCAGCUUACAAUAACUCCUCAGUCAUCUUAUCAAAGCCUUGCCUCUGAUGAAAGAGAAAACUUCUGAAGUACUUGGCUUUAUUCUUCUUCUUUUGCUGAAAUAGCACCCUAUAAGAUUCACAUCUGAGGGACAGCCCUCAUCUUUAAAGUACUACUAAGAGAUGGAAAAAGGUGAAAGUACAGUGCAGAUGACUUCCUACUGUCCUGACAUACAUUGCUGUUGUAUAUGUUGACUCUGAGCCUUGCACUCCAGAUACUCCCUCUGCCACUGCUUCACCGUCAUCUUCUGAAGAUCCUACAACACUCACAGCUCCUCCUUCACCAUCUCCUCCAUAUGGUUGUGAGGUCUCCAUAUUUCCAUCAUCACAGCCCACAUCCACUAUAGCCCUGAAUCUUGAAUCUUCACAGGUAUCAGUUUCUAGCACACUGAACCCACCUUCUGCUUCCAUUUCCUCCCUACAUUCUGGUCUUCCUUCCACCGUAACACCAACUGCCUCUGCAUCAGCUACACAACCCCACAUUUAUUCACCUCCAAAUAUUGCUGGGUCACCUAGCCAUGGCCCACACCUUAUUGACUGGCUUCCAUAUCUUGCCUCAGUGAUGACCACCACAAAGAGAGGGAAGGAAGAAGAACAAACAUCCCUUGGAACGGGCCCACCUGAGCACACGAAGCAGUGUGGGAGCACCUAUUUACCAGUACUCAGUGAAGGGGGGAAUGUUCACACUGGUUUCAUCAAGCAGCAGCCUCCAGAGUCAGUUUGUUCACCACCCCCAUUUCAGGACAUUCUCCCCCAUUCUGAGCAGGUACCUGCCACUCUAGGAAACAUCCUGGCAGAGUUGAAGACAAUGAACCACCACCUCUCCAUCAUAGCAAGGGCCCUUAGCCACCUUGCCUCAUCUUGCACAACUCAACAGAAUUCCACAAAUGUGCAAGGCUUGUAAAAGAGGAAAAUUCUACAUCUUUUAAACAGGCAGCUUGGUAUGAGAGACUUUGUGCAAAUGUAGUUACAGACUGUAGCAAGAAUGAUUUCUGGGAAUUUGCCUGACCCUUGAUACAGGAGAGGUUGGUGGGUUCUCAAGCUUCUGGUUCUUCUCUUGGAAUGCAGGUCUCAAAACUAUAUCAGUGUCAAUAAAGUCAUUGGUACACAC